AUGCCAGCAACAUCGACAACACAUGCUGCAUCCAUGACGCGCAGUGCCCCGGCCACAGAUGGUCAAGGCGGCCGGCAGGCGGCAAGCCGGGGUCGUGGCAGGGGCCGUCCGCGCCCCAAGCAGGAUGGUAGCCUUGAGAAAGGCACCACUUCAAACGAGAACAGUGAGAAUGGCCACCAACUCACUCACAGUAGCGCUAACGCGCCAGAAAUUCCGAACGACUGGAAGGAAGGUCUUGUAGCUCCAGAACGGGAUCCCCGAAUCCAAACAGAGCUGGGAUUGCUCAAAGGGCUCUUCGAGCUGGGCUAUGAGAGCCCGUCGCCAAUUCAGGCAGUCUCACUGCCAGCGACGCUUUCUGGCCGAAAUGUGCUGGCGCGCGCAAAAAACGGCACAGGAAAAACCGCAUCCUUUCUGAUCCCGGUGUUGCAAACCGUCAACCCGCGCCAGUGUGCAAUUCAGGCGCUAAUUUUGGUGCCGACGCGCGAGCUCGCUUUGCAAACUUCAUCUUUAUGCCGGAAAAUGGCAGCACACCUGACCGGUAUCGAGACGAUGGUAUCUACGGGCGGUACCAUCCUCAAAGAGGACAUUGUGCGUCUUGCAUCGCCGAUCCACAUCAUCGUAGCAACACCGGGACGCAUCCUAGAUCUUGCCAGGCGCGAGAUAGCUGUUUUGACCGCCUUGCGUAUCCUUGUCUUGGAUGAGGCGGAUAAACUGCUUGCGCCAGAAUUCGAGGGCAUCAUUUCAGACCUGCUAUCGCUCGCGGGAUGUGGCCCACAAAUUUUGCUCUUUUCAGCUACCUUUCCACGUUCUGUAGAGCACUGGGCCUCUCGGCAUAUGACACCACAGAAGAUCACAGCUGCUAAGGCCAAUCCGAACGGCGGCCCUGUAAUAAUCAGCGACCCCACAGUAGCUCCCGUCCUCAUCAACUUGAUGGACGAACUGACAUUGCGGGGCGUGACCCAGUUUUAUGCAUAUGUCGAAGAGCGCCAAAAAGUCCAUUGCCUCAAUACACUGUUUUCAAAGCUGGCCAUCAACCAGUCGAUUAUCUUUUGUUCUUCCGCCCCGCGAGUCGAAUUACUGGCGAGGAAAAUCACCACCGAACUUGGAGUCUCGGCCUUUUUCCUCCACUCGCGCAUGCCCCAAGAGCAUCGGAAUCAAAUUUUCCACGAUUUCCGCUCAGGCUCUGCUCGUAACCUCGUCACCACGGACCUGUUGACAAGAGGCAUUGACGUGGCCACUGUCAACGUCGUGGUUAACUUUGACUUCCCCAAAAACGCAGAGACUUACCUGCACCGCAUCGGGCGUUCAGGACGUUUUGGUCAUCGUGGGAUCGCCAUCAGCCUGGUCACAUAUGAAGACCGCCAUCGCCUGUUUGAAAUUGAGGCUGCUCUUGGCACAGAGAUCCAGCCGAUGCCUGCCACUGUGGACCGCGCGCUUUAUGCUCAAUAA